GAUAAGGCACUGGCCUCCUAAGCCAGGGAUUGUGGGUUCGAGUCCCAUCUGGGGUGAUAUACCUUUUCCUUUUCUGGUUUAAAUAUUAAUUUUAUGUGGCUGAUUUCUGCUUAUCUGCCAUCGCUAAAACGGGACACACCGUUUACACUUUAACGAGAUGAUUAGCGGGAGUCAUCUGACCGAGCGGCGGUGAGGAAGCGGCUCCGCAGGCUGAGGGAUUUUCCUGCCCGUUUUCACUUCAGUGUAGCUGCAGCUCCACUACAGGAGAGACCUGCGGACUGCCUGCUUCGCCAAAACAACGAAAACAUGAAAAUAUCAGUUUUAAUUUUGGCCUGUGUGGUGAGAGCCAUGGUCAGAGCUGAAGGGGUGCAGAAGGCCACAGUCUACUGGGACCCGACCCAUAAAGCCGUGCUGCUGAAGGAGGGAGUGCUGGACAAGGCGGGUGAUGCUUAUGGUUACUAUAACGACUCCUUCUCCUCGACGGGCUGGGGAGUGCUGGAGAUUAGAGCAGGUUAUGGAGAGACCCCAGAGCCGGAUGAGGUCACCUACUUCCUUGCUGGGUAUCUGGAGGGAUUCCUGACUGCCCGGCAAAUGUAUGACCACUACACCAACAUGUAUCCACAGCUGAUAACAGAGCCAGAAGUUCUGGUGGCAGUGAAGAACUUCAUGGUUAAACAGGAUGCAUGGUCCCGUGAGCAGGUGAAGCUGAAUAAGAGCAGUGACCCCCUGUGGAGCCACACCGGCUUCAUCCUCUCUCAGCUGGAUGGGCUGCAGGCGGGCGUGGCUGACUGGGCCAAGCGCAUGGGGAAGAAGCCGCUGUCUCUGUUCCAGGUACAGUUUUUGAAUGCUGUUGGUGAUCUGCUGGACCUGAUCCCAGUUCUGGUGCCUGGAGCUAAAGCUAAUAUGAAACUUUAUAAAGAGCCUCCCAUGGGCCACUGCUCCGCCCUCAUUAAGAUGUUACCAGGCUAUGAGAAUCUGCUGUUUGCUCACUCCAGCUGGUACACCUACGCCGCCACUAUGCGCAUCUUCAAACACUGGGACUUCAGAGUGAGUGAACCUCACACUGCUACAGGGAAGCUCUCUUUCAGCAGUUAUCCAGGUUUCCUGGUGUCCCUGGAUGAUUUUUAUCUGUUGGGUAGUGGAUUAAUGAUGACCCAGACCACCAACAAUGUCUUCAACUCCUCUCUCUUCUCUGUCAUCACAUCCUCCAGUCUGUUCUCCUGGCAAAGGGUUCGUCUAGCCCAUGCACUCGCCCACACUGGCCAGGAGUGGGCUCAGACCUUCGCCAAGUUCAACUCCGGCACAUAUAAUAACCAGUACAUGGUUCUUGACACAAGUAAGGUUUCCCUGGGCUCCAGUAUUGACGAUGGAGCUUUGGUUAUCGUGGAGCAGAUCCCAGGCCUGGUGGAGUAUUCGGACCAGACGCAGACACUGCGCAGGGGUUACUGGCCAUCCUACAACGUGCCGUUCCAUAAGAAGAUCUACUCUCUGAGUGGCUAUGAGCAGAUGUGGGUGGAACAUGGGGAUGAUUUCUCCUAUGACCUUUGCCCCCGUGCUAAGAUCUUCCGCAGGGAUCAGGGGGGUGUGACCGACCUGGUCUCCCUCAAACACAUCAUGAGGUACAAUGACUAUAAGAAUGACCCGUAUUCAAAGGGUGACCCCUGUAAAUCCAUCUGCUGCCGUAAUGACCUGCAGAAGCACAGAGCGAGUCCCGGCGGCUGCUACGACACCAAGGUGACAGAUUUUCACAUGGCUCAGAGGUUUGUGUCUGAGGCUCUGAAUGGUCCGACUACGGAGGGUGGUCUUCCUCCAUUCUCGUGGGAUUUGUUUAACAGUACGGAGCACCAGGGCCUGCCCCGUGUCUACAACUACACCUUCAUCACUAUGCAGCCGGUGCUGUUUGCUCCCUGAGCUGCUACUGGAUGCCUGAUUUCACCCCAGGGGGAUUCUGUUGGUUAAAUCAGUCAUACUUCUCUAAGUAGCUGCAAAAUGUUUGUGUGUGUGGGGGUGUGAGCCUGCUGUUUGUAGGUACAUGUGGUUUGUACCAGUCAGGGGCAUGGAUCAUGUGCCUGGGAACAUCCCUUGCUUUACAGCAGCUCUUCAGUGCCUUGAUUGUUAGUGUGUUAUAUGUGUGUAUAUUGUGUGUUUUUGAAUGUUAAUGCUCAAUGCAGGUUUUUUUGUUUGUUUGUUUUUUCUUGCUUUUGACAAUCAGUGAAUAAUUGAGACUUAAUGCUGCAACAGUCCAGACUCCUCCUUACUCUCAGGGCUACAGUUUAGACCAAAGUCCUCUUGGUUCACACUCUAUGAACAAAUUCUAGUACGAAAUGCUGCUUAUAAAUCUGUUUACAUGUCUUUUAUAUACAGUUGAUCAAUAAAGCCAGACUAUUCCUUUG